UAUAAUGAUACGCGUAGGAUUAAGUUUAUAAAAGCGAGCAAAGUUUAUUUUACAAUUUUAUAAGUAGAGUUUAUUUUAAUAACGUCGAAGUCGGUAUUACCGACCCGGUUUUAGCGCCCUCUGAGUGAACGUACGAGCGGGCGGUGUGCGUCUGUUAUCCGAGGCAUAUAGAGUUUCGCCUCUGAGACGGACCCGUGGUCUUUCUAAGAGGCGAAAGGCGCGAAGGCGCCAAACAAAAGCAGUGGGAGAUCACCCGCCACGGAGAGCGGACGUGUACACCCCUCGUGCCCACUCAAACCAGUUCCGCGUAAAUUGCGGCGAAGAUUUAUAUUCGCGACGCGGUGUAAAGGCGGCUAGGCGGCCCAACGUAACGAAUAAAUAAUCAUUAAACAGCAGUGUGGUGUUGGUGUCUCGGUCCCCGAUUCCCCGUCCAUUCCUGGGGAUCCCGCUGCGCUGCUGCAUCAAAGGACGGGUGGCGACCGAAAUAGCUGCGUCCCGAAAGGAACCUGCUUCUUCAUGUGCGAGCCCCUCGGGCUCGAACCCCAUUGUGUCCGGUUACACACGGCCUAGGGAAUAAGACAGCAACAUUGGACGCCGUCGGUGAGGGGAACGGUUCCCCGCUGGAUCGCUGAGAGCGUGAAGGGUGACCUCGUUGAUCACGGAAAGCAGUGCCGUGUAGAGUUCACAGGCCGGCGAAAGCCCAAGCGAAGGACGCCAAGGGCAAUAACCAAACUGCGUUCCAAUGGCGACCGUGACAGGAUGCACGUGCGCAAUAAGUCGUCCUAAAUAAGUGAAAUCACGGAAUUCCGCAGAAAAGUGUACCGCCGUUGUUGCGAAGACAUUGAGUGUCGAGCGUGAAAGUGCCGACAAAUACCCGCGCAGUGUACGCGCCUUAAUAGACCGAAUAUUACGAGAAACGGUAAUAAGUGACGAUAACGUGUGAUUACGCGCUGAAUCCGACAAGCGCGACCGUGAAUACAGAGUGUAAAUUAUAUGAAAAACCGCCUAAAAACAUUAAUUCCGCCGAAAAACAAUCGCCGCGAUCGCGAAAAACGCAACAGUCUGAUUAACGAACAGACCGAGAGUCCCCUACGAGGCGAAGAAAACGACGAGACGCGUGAACGAGCCGAUGCGUGAUUCCGGCCGAUAUCCGCGUAAAUAUUCGUACGAUUGUUCCGCGACAGUGCGAGGAAAACCGCGAUAAGACGCAGAGCAUCUGCGCGACGAGGAUUAUCCAGGAUACACCCGUGGACCCUGCCAGAACCGAGGAAAUUGACCGGUGCAGCCACGGACACCAACGGACACGUAGGAAGGGACGCUACGAACCAAAGCCGACGAGAAAACGAAGAAACGUCGAAGUAAUUCGACCAUGAGCCUCAAAGACCUGGCACGUCAACACGACGAAUUGAGCAAAAGGCUGGAGGAACGGCUACGGAGGAGAAAGGAACUCGAGGAAGAACAAUGUCGAGAGAUGCGAAAAAGAAUAGCUCAGAUGCAACGAGCUCUAGACGAAUGCGAGGAAGACAUCCGACGCAUGGAAUCCGCAUCCGCUUCUAAGAACACGACAAGAACCAACACACCCGAGCCGCGACACCAGAGAACAUCCACCGAAGCACCAGCAUCCGAGGCAAGCACCAUAAAGAUAGAAAAUGGACGCUCAGGCUCCAGAGGAUCCAGGAGUCCAGCCAGAACGAGUGAAGUCGUAUCACCCGAGGCCCAGCAAUGGAACUUCUCGGAAUCCGAAUCUCCAAACACCCGAGAACAACAGAGGACUACUUCGAGGAGAGCAAGCUCGAGCCUUAAUAACAAACACAAGUCCGAAACCCGCUUGUUCACCCGAGAUGACAGCGAUAAGGAGAACAACGCACAAUCCGACAAAAGUCAAUCGAGAAAGCCUAAACAUACAAGGAGAACAACAUCCGAUCGUGACACAUCCAGUAAAAACAUCGGAGACAUCAACAACAACAAGUCCAUCAAAAAGAUGAGUCACGCAAAACGCUACCACGAUGAAGCACCUCAACUACACAAGAACCAGAGGACCUCGCGAUCAGCUCGCCUCCGAAAGGAAAAAGAAGACCGCAGACGCGAACUGAAACGACUGGCGAACAUCAGAUACCGCAAACGGGUAAGAGAAAAGCUCGACAUCCUUGCCCGACGCCAAUCCCGCACCAUUCCAGACGACUCGGACUCGAAUGCCGGCGAGUCUCAGAGCGUGCCGAUCGGAGAAUCGCCGACAGGCGGGAGCGUGCAGCGGCCACUAGCUGCAGGCGGUCCGAGGCCAAAGGACGAGCGAGCCGCCCAGCGGGGUACCGACGAGGACUCGAGGCCAAAGGAGACAGCAGGAAGACCCAGGAUAAUCGACGACAGGCGCGUCAACGUCGAGGUAAGACCCGUAGGCCGUCGAACAUCUCCAGCAAGACCGGGGAUGGUGGUCGGGGCUGGGGAAGGAGAGAGGAGAACUCUAACCAAACCAACCCGUCCGCCGGAGCGAUCCGGGUCAUCCGGAACGAGCAGGCAGAGCAGCCGUCCUAACCGCGAGGAGAGGACUCGUGGCCGUCCUGACCGCGAGGAGAGGACACGUGACUGUCCUGACCGCGAGGAAAGGACUCGUGACCGUCCUAACCGCGAGGAGAGGACUCGCGACUAUCCUGACCCCGAGACGUGGACUCGCGAUCGUCCUGACCUCGAGGAACGAGUCACCAGUCGCCGUAACCGCGUGGAGCGAAACUGGAGGAAGGAUCCUCGAGAACACGAACCUCGAGAACAGCCGAGGUCCCCGAUGGUGAUAUACCUCUCCACCGAGGACCCCGAGGAGGAAUCCACGAGGGACCGAACUGACCCCGAGGAGCAACCCGAAACCGGAGAUCCCCUCGAGGACAUGGAAACCCCGAGACCAGGUUCCGAGUAGGCGGAGCUCCUCAAGGACCGACAGGACUUCGACGAGUAGGAGGACCUCGAGGAACAGGGAGUAUAUCGAGGUCAUAGGUGUAAGACUGGUCCGGAAGUCAAGGUCGAGAGCGCGAACAUGCCCAGGACACUCGAGUCAGCGGGAAAAGCAGUAC